AUGGACACCCUCUCCGCACAAGCCGAAACACACAUGAAUACACACCCACAAACGCAAAUAGACCCACAGUCUGGAAUAGCUGCACAUAUACACAUGCAUACAGAACAGAAAAGAGCGGGAGACGGCGAACCAUUAACACCCGCCAUGAAAUCAUAUAAAGACUCACGCACACAAGAACACGCAGAGACACACGAGCACGCGCACAGUGCUGUGGAUCCUCGGGCGUCUCUGUGCCAGCAGCUGCACACACUCAGCGCAAGCAUCACAAGCAUGUUUGCGGGCACAGGUACGGCUAUGGGGACCACGUACACUGUGCAAUCACGAACCCCCUUGUGUGCUUACGACGAUGCACUAAUCCAUUGGUCCGAAUCAUUACUAGCUCAG